AGGCCCAUGUGACAGGAUAUUCUUAUAUCAUUUAGAAGCCACAACAAUCAUCGUGCUUUUAAGUCUUUUAAACGUUAAAGAACUGAACUGGAACUCCAGUGUGUUUAAAUAGGACUUCAGUAACCAAAGGAUUUAAAUCUGCAGUGUUUCCUUAAAGCUUUGGAAGAAUAAUAAGAUGGCUAUGAUGAUAUCUUCCAUUCUACUUAUACUUCUGAUGGUAAUCUUGCCGACUCUUCAGCAGGAAUCCAACUCGUUUUUAAUCUACAAUGAAGACCACAAGAAAUGUUUACAAGCUCAGAGCAAAAUCAUCAAGGUUGCAGAUUGUUUGCCUAACAACAAUGCACAAAAAUUCAGAUGGAUCUCGAAACACCAGCUGAUAAAUGUGGCAGUGCCACAGUGCCUGGGGGUGUCCGGCAAAAGUGAAAACAGCCCAGUCAGCCUGUCACCAUGCAAUGGCACUAAUGAGCUCCAGAAAUGGGAGUGUAAGAAUGACACUUUAUUCGGAAUCGUAGGGGACGAUCUUCACUUGAACUUUGGCAAUACAGAUGAAAAAGUGGUUAUUUAUAAAGGAACGGGAGGCUGGAGCAGGUGGAAGAUCUAUGGAACGCCUGAUGACUUGUGUGUUAAGGCUUAUGAAGAAAUAUAUUCUAUACAAGGAAAUGGUAAUGGACAGCCCUGUGUAUUCCCAUUCAAGUUUGAAUCUAAAUGGUAUGCGGACUGUACCACUGCAGGAGCACAACACGGGGAUCUCUGGUGUUCUACGACAAAGGAUUAUGAUAAGGAUAAGUUGUGGGGAUACUGUCCAAUUAAAACUACAAGACAGGGUUGGUGGACAACAGAUUUCAUCACUGGCUCAGAGUAUCAGGUCAAUGAUAAAUCAGCCCUGACUUGGUACCAAGCCCGGAUAAGCUGUCAUCAACAGAAUGCUGAGUUAUUAAGCAUAACGGAGCUACAUGAGCAAACGUACAUUUCAGGAUUGGUCAGUGCUACAAAAACACCCUUAUGGGUGGGGCUUAAUAGUUUGGACUUAAACGCAGGCUGGAAAUGGAAUGAUGGAAGUCCAUUCCGAUACCUCAACUGGCUUCCAGGAAACCCAUCAGCAGGAGAUGGGAAGAAUUGUGGGUCACUGGAGCCGGAUAAAAAUGCCAAGUGGGAAAACAAAGUGUGCUCUCAAAAGCUGGGAUACGUCUGUGAAAAGGGCAACAUCACCUCCUACAGCCCACCGUCUGACGCUGAGCCCAUCAAUUGUCCACCAAUCUGGAUCCCCUAUGCUGGCUAUUGUUAUUAUCUGUAUAAAGAAGCCAAGGCUUGGCAGGAUGCCAUGGUGUCUUGUAGGAAAGAAGAAGGGGACCUGGCGAGCUUGCACAAUGUUGAGGAGUCCAGCUUUGCUAAUUCAAACUUUGAGAUUGAAGAUGGAAAGAAUGUUUGGCUCGGACUGAACGAUUUAAAGACGGAAAUGCUUUUUGAGUGGAGCGAUGGCACUCCCGUGACUUAUACGGUGUGGCAGAGAGGAGAACCUUCACACGUGGAUAACAGAAAAGAGGACUGUGUCGCUUUAAACACUACGCUUGGUCACUGGUCAGAUCAGGCAUGUGAGAAGAAGCUUCCUUAUAUUUGCAAGAGGAAACCCUUGCCGAUUGAUCACGAGCGAAAGCCCAUUGAUGAGCCCGGCUGCAGUACGGGAUGGAAAAGACAUGGAUUCUAUUGCUACUUCAUAGGUGAAGAAAUGUUCACAUUUCCAGAAGCCAACUCCACUUGCAUUACACGUGCAGCUGUUUUGAUGACGGUGGAAGACAGAUUUGAACAGGCUUAUCUAACAAGUCUGAUCGGGCUGAGACCAGAGAAAUAUUUCUGGACAGGACUCUCAAACAUGGAGGAAAAGGAGACAUUUAGAUGGACCAACAAGGAAAUGGUUUUGUACACUCACUGGGAUGCUGAGAGCCCUGGGAGAAAACAAGGUUGUGUUGUGAUGAAAACUGGAAACAAAGGUGGAUUGUGGGAUGUCAUCAACUGUGAUGAGAAAGCAAAGUUUGUCUGCAAGAAAUGGGCGCAAGGAGUGACACCACCGCCAAUCCCGACAACAACGCCAGAGCCAAAGUGCCCAGAGGGAUGGAGGACAAGCAGCCACAUAAGCUCUUGUUUCCAGUAUUACACAAGACCGGAUGGAGACAAGAAGACAUGGUUGGAGGCCCGGGACUUCUGCCAAACAAUAGGUGGAGAUUUGCUCAGUAUAAACAACAAAGAGGAACAAGAUUUGGUGUUUUCAGCAGUCCUAAAAUUUGGUUCACGGAAAAACGCCUGGAUUGGUCUAGUGAGCAGCGAUCCCGGAGAAGGCAUUAAGUGGUCAGACGGCUCACCUCUAACUUACGAAAAUUGGGCUUAUGGAGAACCCAACAACCGAGGAGGCGUGGAACUGUGUGGAGAGCUUAGACUUCAGUACACACUGCAGUGGAAUGACCAGAACUGCGAAAGUCCAAGGGAUUGGAUCUGUGAGCUAAAAAAAGGUGCAACAUUGAUGCCAGAACCCACAGGUCCACCAUAUGCCGAGUUUAACCUGACCACUGAUGGUUGGCUGAUCAAAGAUGACAAGCAGUAUUAUAUUGGCAAGGAUGAGGUGCCCAUGGAAAAGGCACGAGAUUUUUGCAGGCGUAAUUUUGGUGACUUAGCCACAAUUCAUGAUAAAGGAGAAGGGCAAUUUCUAUGGCGUUAUAUUUUAAGGAACAGGACGAGUGACUCAUAUUACAUUGGCUUGUAUUUAUCUGUGGAUAAAGAAUUUAGAUGGUUGGACGGCUCUCCUGUUGAUUAUGUGAGAUGGGCAGUUAAUGAACCCAGCUUUGCUAACAAUGACGAGAACUGUGUGGAGCUGUAUAAGGACAAUGGACAUUGGAAUGACGUAAACUGUGGUUCUCCAAGCUCAUAUAUUUGUGAAAGAAAAAUCAAAAAUAUCAAUACAACAUUUGCUCCAACUGUCCCUGCACCACGGGGCGGAUGCCCAGCAGAAUGGCUAGCAUUUGGAGGGAAGUGUUAUAAAAUAUUUGGCCAAGAAGAGGAUGAUUUGGUGGACUGGCAGCAUGGAAGGUCAGCAUGUCAACUGUUGAAAGGAAAUCUUGCCAGCAUACAUGAUGACUUGGUACAAGCUUUCCUGACUUACAAUUUAAGAGAUUUUAAAAAACCCGUCUGGAUUGGAUUGAAUGAUAUCAGCUGGGAUAGGAGGUAUCGAUGGACAGAUCAGACUGGAGUGUAUUAUACCAACUGGGCCAAAGGUCAUCCAUCCACUAGCUAUUAUAGAUAUGACAAAACUGACUGUGUGGCUAUGAAAGUUGGUGCAGUAAUCGAUGCUGGGACCUGGACCGAAGAAGACUGCGAACUGAAGAAAGGAUUUAUUUGCCAAAAAUCUGAAGACCCUGCCCUGCCUGUUGUGACAACUGUGGCUACACCAUCAGACCAGUAUAAGUUUGGUGAUGCCAGCUACAAGUUUCAGAAAACGAAGAUGAAGUGGGAUGAAGCACAAAGAACGUGUAAACAAUUGGACUACACGCUUACCAGCAUUUUAGAAGCGUACACGGCUUCCUUUCUAAGAUUGCAACUAGACAGAUUUAAGGAACCUUUCUGGAUUGGACUUUACAGUAAUAAUAAGACGGACAAUCGGUACAAAUGGUCCGAUGGCUGGACACUCCGCCACACCAACUGGGCUUCUCAAGAACCAAAGGAAAAGAGCGGUUGUGUUUAUAUCGAUGUGGACGGCCAGUGGAAGACGGCAUCCUGUGAUGAGAGUUAUGCUUCACUCUGCAAGCAAAGCAGUGUGAUAGCUCCCACCGAAUCCCCUGAAAUACCUGGAAAAUGCCCAAACUCAUCGUCCAUAAGUUGGAUUCCUUUCCGCAGCCAUUGCUAUUUUCUGGAAGCUUCAAUGGAUACCACCUGGGGUCGGGCAUCCAUCAAAUGUCUUCAGUACGGAGGCAAAUUGGUUUCAAUUGAAGAUCAGCAUGAAGCAGAUUUUCUGUUUGAGCAUGCUGCGUUGCUCAGUGACAAAGAACUCUACUUUUGGAUUGGUUUAUAUAAGAAUUUAGAAGAGAAAUGGCUGUGGAUUGAUGGCACUCCAAUGGACUACGUAAACUGGGGUAAGAGAAAUCCAUUUGACCAAUUGUUUGAUUGCGCAUCGAUGCGUGCAAAAAAAGGGACCUGGGACACCGAUUACUGCGAAUACAGCAGAGGAUACAUAUGUAAAACUCCGAAAGUUCCAGAGCCUACAGAAAACACAACCGUUGCAGUUACAGAGAAGCAAACAAAUGAACAGAACAAGCCAACACACGGUGUCGCUGGAGGCGUGGCUAUACUUGUCAUAUUAGUCGUUGCCGGAACAGCCAUUGCAGUCUGCUUGGUGUAUAGGAAGAAGAACAAUAGGGCCCCUCCCCCAGGCAACAGCUUUGACAACUCAUUAUACUUCAGCAGCACCUCUAAUGCCGCAACCCAGGACACCAAUAUACUUGUCAAUAACAUGGAACAAUUAUAACACUAUAUUAUCUACUGCCAUGAACCUAAAUAAUAAUUCUUGGAUAUGUUCUAAUUA